AUGGUGCUCAAAUUUGUUUGCGAGGAUCCUCGGGCUGCUUCCAGACCAGUUAAACGAAGACAGUCGGCCAAUUCCUUUAUUUGCUACCGUAAUCAUCUUCAAUCGAACAAUCCUGGUCAACCCGCGACUCAGAUCUCUACGUUAGCAUCCGAUUCGUGGAGUACUAUGGAUGCCGAAAUGAAAAGGCAUUGGGAUGAAAAUUCGAUAAAAAAAAAGCAUGGGAAAAGUAUCCUCAUUAACGAUAUUGGCAUGGAGAAUGCAAGAAACGUCGUUGAAUUGGUAGAAGAACACGGCAAUUACUUAUUCGUCAACACAGUAAUCUCCUGCCACUCGGCACACGGCAUGAAAGAGAAAAUCACAUCUGAUUCCGAAGAGAUAGAAGAACUUUUGUAUAAGGAAAUUGAGCAAACGCUUGCUUCGGCCGGGUCCUUAGGAUUUAACAACUUCUAA